UCAAUUAUGCUCUGUGGUUUUGUCCGUAUGGACAAUUAUACUGUAGUAGUGUUCCUGCUACACUUUGUCACCAACAGUUUAGAAUAGGCGCCGAAAAACGAAAGGUGGCGCCCUUGAUCGGAUACUCGCGCCUUCAGUCUCCUACGGUUCUAUUCCGUUCCGCCAUAUCAUUGUUUUUCUGUUGCACGCAACCAACAGUUAGUUCGUUUCUCUAUUGGAUUAUUUUGCAGUGAAUUAUUGUUCUCAAUAUGCCUAAACAUAAGCAUAGGCAUCGUUAUUGUUCUGUGAGACGAUCAGGGAAACGAGAUUCAAGAAAUUCAUCGAGAGAUCCCGUCUAUCUGACAGAUCUCGACGCAUCCUUAAUAGAGGUUAACUCACGUGCCUCAUGCGGGGACUCCCCUGCCCCCUCAUCUCAACGUGAUGAGUUGACUUCGGCACUCAGGGAGAUCCUCGUUUUUAUGAAAGAGUACACCACUCCGAGGAUUCCUGAAAUAGACGCUUUGGGUCAUAUCCAGGGCGUCGUACCAGAGGACAUCGUACCGGGAAACAUUGUUGCGAAGGACAUGGUAACAGGACACGUCAUGGCCGAGGACACUGAUCCUUCCCUGUUGGGAGAGCUACAAAUCUCUAAUACAGAGGUUAACGGGCAGGCAGAUAGGCAGACGGUUCUUCAGAACCGGGGCGGCGAACCAGUUUGCUUCGACCCAGAGGUAAUUAUUGCGAGCUCGCUAGAUAUAGAUAAAGAAAAUGACGCUUCUCUGAUAAACGAAUUGUUCGGAGAGCAUCCAGUUUCAAAUGAGUCUCCCUGGGACUCUACGGUUUUCAAAUUUACUAAAGGUGAAGUUCGCUCAGGUCUGAAAGAAGAGCUGCGUACAAAUCUGCUCUCAAAAUUCGAAAUUAAAGGAAGUUUAGCAGAUAUCGCACCUCCUAAGUUAAACAACGAAAUAAGGUCGGCGUUGUCAAAACAUCAUAGCGUCUUAAAGCGGGACGAAUACUAAUGUAAAACUC